AUGCAGGAUCCCAUGGUUUAUUUUGUUACGGGGGGAAAUAAAGGCAUCGGACUCCAAUUAAUCCGUACACUUCUCCAGCGCGAAAAUGCACUUGUUAUCGCUACCAAACGCGCGACUUCUACCGAUUCCUCUGAGCUGGAAGGGCUUUCUAAAGCGCAAGGCUCGAGACUUGUUGUUGUGACGCUUGCUUCGGAUAUCGGCGAUGCGAAAGAAAAAAAGAGAGAGAAUACUGUUGAUGAUUUAGUAGAGAGAUUAAAAACCAAAGGAGUGGAGAAAAUCGAUACCUUGAUCUUAAACGCCGGCGCGGCGACAAGUUUCGAAAGUGUGAAAGAGAUGAGUGUGCAGGAACUGCAGGCGCAUUUUCAGAUUAACACGGUGUGGCCGAUUCGGAUUUAUCAGGUUUUGAGACCGCUGUUGCUCGGUUCUUCUGCUUCUGAUGAAGGGGGUGAGAAGAGGAUACAGAAGAAGGUUAUUUAUGUUUCUAGCUAUCUGGGUUCGAUUGGGGGGAUGGAAGAUGAGACCCCGUCGAUUGCGUAUGGGAUUAGUAAGGCGGCGGGGAAUUGUUUUGUGAGGAAGUUGCAUUUUGAGGAGGGGGAGAGGGGGGUUGUGUGUGUGGCGGUGCAUCCGGGAUGGGUUAAAACGGAUAAUGGACAAGCGUUUGCGGAUAGUCUGGGAGUGAAGGAGCCGCCGAUGAGUUUGGAAGAGAGUGUGAGUGGAGUGAUGAGACAGAUCGAUAUAGCGAGUAGGGAAACUACUUCUGGAUGCUUUGUUUCUUGGAAGGGAGAUGUGGUUCCUUGGUAG